UAACUAAAUGCUAGAUAAUCAACCUCAACUUCAAAAACUCAAAAGCGUCACAUUCGUCUAAGUUCUCGUCCCUCGCAGUUUCUACUCAUGUCGUCUAUUUAUUCGACUCGUAUAAUCCCCACGUACAACCGGCAGGUACUGUCUCAGUGUCUGACUGGAUCUGGGCGUGAACUGAGCGUACGCUGCCUGCCUCCACGGUUCACUGCAUCCCAUUUAUUCAAGUUGUGUGUACGGAGGAGGCUGCGGCGUCACGUAUAUUGAUCACAACAUACCUGCGUUCGUCGAACGGCCAGUAGAAGAACCGGUAGCCAUUUUGAAGGCAGCGUACUGGCGGCGCGGUGUUUCGAUCAUACAAGUGUAAUAUAUUUUCGGUUUUCUUCACGAUGAUAUGACGUUGUACGCUCAGUUUUCUUGGUGAACUCCGUCGAUAGUUCAGCUUUCGUUUCCGUGAGUUUGUAAACAAAGGUUUCUGUAGAUCCGUCGAUCGCAAGGCGAACGGAGAGGGACUGAUAGCCGUACGUGACACAGGUGUGCACGUGACAAGGUGUGCAACAGAUAGAGGUGAAGAUGUUGCUGCAGGUGUUGCUAGUCCUGGCUUCGGCGACGACGGGUGGAUACACACAGCACUGGGAUGCCUUCGCCAACUGGAACUACUUGCCCGCCUACGUGAAACGCGACCCCACCUACCUGAUCCUCGCUCCGAAGGAGAUUCGGCCGGGGCAGACGUACCGGCUCGCCGUGCACAUCCUGCGCGUGGAGGACAAGGCCGAGCCCGUGCACGUGCGUGCGUCCGUGCGUCGCGAGGGCGUCGAGGUGGCUGCCGCCUACCAGAAGUACUACGAGGGACUGCCCGACACGAUGCUCAUCAAGAUUCCCGACGGCGCGCUGCCCGGUCCGUACGCGUUGUUCGUCGAGGGACACAUAGAGGGCGCCAUCGACGAGUCGUUGUUCCGCAACACCACCGAGCUGAGGUUCGAACAGCGAACAAUGUCGAUCUUCGUGCAGUUCAACAUUCCGAUGUACGCGCAAGGAACGACGAUGUACUUUCGAGUGAUCCCUGUGCUGCCGGACUACCGACCCUACCUGGGAACAGUGGACAUCUACAUCAUGGACCCGUGGGGAUUUGAGGUGAGACGCUGGCUGUCUCAGCAGAGCAACCUCGGCGCCAUCAGUCUCGACUACGAACUCUCCGGAGACGCCCUCGAGGGAGAGUGGCGCGUCAAGGUCAAAGCCGGGGGUUACACCGAGUAUCACAACUUUACCGUCGUGGGAUUUGAUCUACGCCCCCACAAAGAUAAACCGCGGAUGGAGACGAAGCUGUUUGCACCGUCGACGAUUCUCGACACGGACGACAAGGUCGGAGUCAAGGUGGUCGCACUGAAGAUGAGUAACAGCCUGGUGGAGGGCCGCUGCUGGGUGCGCGCGUACGUGCGCAAGCUGAUGCCCGACGGCACGCCGCUCGUAGCCGAGAACGAGAACCUGGGAGAGAAGGCGCUCGAGGUCUACGACCCCAUGUUCACCGGCGUGCGUACGUUCGACUUCUGGCUGCACGAUCUUAACGAGCUUGGCGACCCGCUCGCCGGUAACGAGAUCGUGUUCGACGUCACCGUGCAGGACCCGCUGCUCAACGACACGCUGCACGCCGCCGCACACUCGCUCGUCUUCAACAGCACUGUGCGCGUGCGCUUCCUCGGUGGCCAGCCACAGAUAUUCAAGCCCAACAUGCCCUUCAAGGCCUACGUGAGUGUGCUAGGUGUCUUCAACAGCACUGUGCGUGUGCGCUUCCUCGGUGGCCAGCCACAGAUAUUCAAGCCCAACAUGCCCUUCAAGGCCUACGUGGCGGUGGCGAAGCAGAGCGGUGCGCCGCUGGACAGCUAUGUGAACAAGGUGCUGCGUGUGCGCGUCGCGGGGUCGGCCCGCCAGCUGCCGGGGCUGCGCGACAUCUACACGAUCCCCAACAACGGCAUCGUCACCAUCGACUUCACACCACCCGAGGACGCCACCUAUCUGACGCUCGAGGCGUUCUACGACCCCGUUGAGAACGACCCUAACUACCGGCAGCAGUACGGCUACACGCAGGGGUUCAGGCGCUCCGGAUCAGCCUACUCGUCGUCGAACCCCGACGCGCCCGACUACCAGCCGCAGCAUCCGGACGAAUACACGACGACGACCACAGCUUCACCGUACGAAAUUGUGCGGCCGGUGUCCGUGCAGAGCGGCGUGUCGAUGACCCAGUUGAAGCUGUUGAGAUACUACUCCCCCGACAAGAACUUCCUCUCUGUCACCACGAGCACGAGCCAGCCCAAGGUGGGCGAGUACAUCAUCUUCCACGUGAACUCGUCGUUCUACCUCGACGACCUGAGCUACUUGAUCGCGAGUAAAGGCAACAUUCUGCUUGUCGACCAUUUCCGCAUGACGUCGCGCAUGAAGACGUUCGAGGUGACGCUAAGCCCCGAGAUGGCGCCGUCGGCGCGCAUCGUCGUCUGGCACAUCAAGAGCGACGGGGAGAUCAUCGCCGACAGCAUGAACUACCACGUCGACGCGACGUCACGCAACAAUGUGAGUGCUGCCCCCUGGCAGCGAUGGACGGGCGAGGUGGCGGGCGUGCGAGCGGGCGUCGCAGCGGAGGGGGGGGGGGGGAAGAGUUCAACCAUUUGUGUGUCUCAUCUGCGCUUUCGUCCCAUGAUCCAGGACUCGAUGUACGGCUUUGACGACCACGGCAACAGCAGCCACCAGUACCGCUGGUCGUUCCCGCUGCAGGGCGAGCCGGACAAGAAGGUCUACUACCCGUCGAACUCGUACGGCGUCGAUGCCAACCAGACCUUCCUCUACGCGGGACUGAUAGCGUUCACGGAUGCGAACAUGACGGUCACGUGGGAGCAGUGUAACGUGAGCGCCGGCUGGCUGCGCUGCGCGGACUCGCGAUGCUACGCCGCGUGGACGCGCUGCGACGGCGUCAACAACUGCGAGGACGGCACCGACGAGUCAUUCUGUACGUAUCCGCACCAGGUGGCAGCACUGCGACGGCAUUCCGUGUCGGCGUUCCGUGUCGGCGUUCCGUGUCGGCGUUCAGUUCUUAUGUUUUACAAGGGUCGGCGGCCGUACUUCCUGCACAUUGAGGCUCCGGACGUCAUCAACGUGGGAGAGCAGGUCGGCAUCCGCACGUCCGCAUUCAACUUCCAGACCGUAGAGAUCGAGAUUCCGGCGAAGGGAGGCAGGAAGAUCUACAUCCCGCUCGUGCCGCAGCGUAUGGGGGCGAUCACCGUGACGAUGCUGGGGCUGACACAGAUGAACACUGACACGCACGAGGCUACCUUCACAGUCGAGCCUGGUGGUGUUAUCGUACACCUACACACGCCCCUCGUGCUUGACCUGACCGGCUCAGCCACCAAUCUGCUGCAUCUCGACAUCAACAUAUCCGAAACAAACAUCAUCCCUCACCAGCGUGACCGACUCUACAUCUCCGGCUCCCCCACCGCCUCCAUCUCACUCGUCGGUAAGCACGCGCUCUUGUUUGAUUUCACUCUUCGACAUUUCUUGCGGCUAGUGGAGCUUUCGCCGGACAAUCCGUCGACGCGCUACAGCAAUGUGUCGCUGACCGCCUUCGUGCUCAUCACUCUCACCGAGGUCAAUGACCUCACCGGGGUAAGUACCGUGUGCUCUCAUGACAUGAUAUACUGGGGUCGUGAGGUGGUGCCGCGCACUGCCAUCAUGCUGCAGAACAGCAUACCUUACUACGGGCCGCGGCGCUGGCACAAGUUCGACAGCCUCAACGUGGAGACGACCGCGUACGCGCUUAUGUCGUACAACCUGCGCAACCACUGGCAGACGAAACACAUCGUCAAGUGGCUGAACAACCAACGCAACACGGAUGCCGGCUUCAUCUCCACCCAGGACACGAUCGUCGCGCUGGAGGCUCUCUAUCAGUUCAGCAUCAAGUCGCAGAACCGGCACCUGUACCACUUCACGGCCCUCGUCGAGGCUUCGUCGACGAGUCAGUGGUCAACAACGCUCGAGGUGCCGCGCGGAGAGUGGUCCGACAUGAAGGUCGCACAGAUCCCGGACGCGUGGGGCAGCGUGCGUGUGACUGCGAGCGGGACGGGACUGGCGCUGCUACAGCUCGCUGUCAGCUACACGAUCGACGUGAUGCGAUACUACCUGCCGGCGUUCCCCGUCGAGGCCUUCCAGAUGGACACGAAGAUCAUCUACUACGGCUUCAACUACUCGACGGUCGACUAUGACAUAUGCGCACGGUGGGUGUACACGGAGGAGUCGGAUCGCUCCGGCAUGGCCGUCAUCGAGGCGGACGUGCCGAGCGGCUACGUCGUCCACCAGAUGGAGCUGGACGACCUGGCCGAGAACGGCAACGUGCGCAACCUGAUGCGGGCCGACUUCGAGGGCGACCGAGUCGUGCUCUACUUCGACUACAUGGACACGAAUCCGAUCUGUGUGCGUUUCUAUGCGAAGCGCUGGUACCCCGUCGCCAACAUGACUCAGUGGCACAAGGUGGCCAUCUAUGACUACUACGCACCAGAACGAGGGAACGUGACGAUGUUCGAGGCCUUCAAUCUGUUCAUCCUGAACAUCUGCCAGGUGUGCGGUUCCUACCAGUGUCCGUACUGCCCUGACUACAAUGGUGGCGCCACCAUCGGCCUCAGCUGGAUGCUCGUCAUCGUCGCCGUGACGACUGCCGUCGCCACCGCCGCCAAACACUCAAUAUGGCGGCCCUAGCAUUGCAUAAUCACAUAGUAACAUGUAGGUGCUGUAGAACGCCGUCGGUUGGGCGAGCGCC